GUUUUUCAGUUUGUAGCACAGUAACUGUGAUAGGCUUGUACGGAGCGACGAUCGAAGUGCCAUGCAAUAAUGGAGCUGCCAAGCCAGAGGAUCUUAUCUUCACUAAAUGGAAAUAUGUAAGUAGUCUUUUUUACUGUCCUUUGUCUCCCAUUGACUGUUCCAGAUACAGAUGUAGGUGGAGGCAUGACUACUCAUCCAAACAAACAGAUUUUAAAUCAGCACAUUUAACACACACAUUCCACAUGAUUAUCAUACAAGAGAACGUGACAACAACAGUAAUUAAUAAUUAAUGAGGCGUAAUUAAUGAGGCGGUCUAGACAGCACAGGUAGGCCUAGAGACGGAACAGGUUUUUGGUGGUUGAAGCCCUGUUCCACCCCUUUGUAUUGCAGUCCAACCCCCCCCCCCCCCCCCCCCCCCCCCAAAAAACAAAAAAAUAUAUAAAAAAAAGUUACGUCUCAUGAUAUGUUGUAAUUCAAUCCAAGACAAUAACAUACAUAUUGUUUUAAAAAAUGUAGUCCAAAGUCAGUUUUAUACACCUAUUUAUAUUAAGAAGUGGCUAUCCCAAACCCUGACUCCUAAAAUUCAUGCUUGAAAAUAAAGCAAUUCAUUAUUUUUGUAAUUUCUUAACACUAUUAUUUCAAUAGAACAUCUUGAGUUCUUCUAUUAUUACAUUGAAUGAUAAUGAUCUAAUUAGUAGUUUUAUUUUUAAACAUCUUUUUUUUUUUAAGUAGUGGAAAGUGCAGACUUCAGGAAAAAGUGUAGAGUAUUGAGAUGCAUAGCUAACAGGGGGGCUCCAACCUCUCCAACAGUGACAUCGACUUGGCCAAAACAUAAUGUCUAUAAUGUGCUAUUCUGUACAGGACUGUACUCACCUGUUCUGUGCUGUACUGUAUUAUACUCAAGUUUACUCUACUUGAGUUUCUUACAAUUGAAGAAAGGGCCAUUGGACUCUUGAUCUAGUGGUCUUGGUCUUGAGACCACUCAAGACCACAUCAAUUUGGUCUUUAACUUGUCAUGGUCUCAACUCACUGAGUCUGGGUCUGGAUUCUGGGACCAAUGCCCUAGUAUAAAUCUUGGUCUUGGCUACUGGAUAUUACCUUAGGGCUCAAUUCAAUCUGUAAAGCUGAAGAGUUACAGAUUCCGUUGUAGAAAUGUGAAGGUAAUUUCCGAUUGAGCCGACAUAUGCAGUGUUUACCGUGAAUGCAGUCUGCCUUUAAAUUUCAUUCAGCUGUAAAGCUGAACUUCCGCGAUGUGGAUUAAAUAGAGCCCUUAGUCUUUUUUUUUUUUUUACCAACCAUAGGCAACCCAAUUUGAAGAAGAUAAUGCUCUCUGAGCGCAUUGUCUGAGCAGUUCCAGCCCAUAUGAAUCCCCACCCAGUUUACUUUUAAAUGGUGGAAGCCCUCAAUGUCAGUCUGUACUAAAAGUAAUUAUAUCCAUCUAAAGUCCUCCAUUUAUCUCUGAUUGAAACUUGACACAAGAAAAGCCUGUUAUGUUGACAAAAUAAAGUUGGGUAAAGUGAGAAUUUAAACAUCUAAUAACAUAAUUUAAUUAGAUGCAUAAGUAAUUCAAUCUAUCAACAAGUUUCAUAUUCCUACAAUCAACAUUGAACAUUUUACAGAGAACAAUAGAGAUGAUAUUUCUCUAAAUUAAAGUGGAAGGUUUUUGAAAAUCAUUAAAACAAUUAUGUUUAGACUAUGUUGUUAAUUUGGUAUGCAAAGAUUUUUUUUUUAUUAAUCUGUAAUAGAAGUUUUAAUCAAAUGAUCGCUACGCACUGGGCACAGACGUCAGUUCAACGUCUAGUUUUGAUUUACAUUUGGUUGAGUUGUCAAUUACUGUGAAUUCAACGUCAAAUCAACAAAGAAUGUCACCAUGUCAUUGGAUUUAGGUUAAAAGUUAGUUAGAUGAAAAAAAAGUCAAAAUGCUAUUACAUUGAUGACUUUUUGCAAAUCCAAUGAGUUUUCCACUUUGAUUCAACGUCAUCACAUAGAUUUAGAUUCAACCAGUUUUUGCCCAGUUGGUACUGUGCAUGGUUCUGUCUUUAUUGCUACUUUUUCACUAUGUUUCGGAAGUGACAAAUUUAGUGGGUUGGUAAGGAAUUCAAGUAAAUAUUUCAAAUAUGCAAUACAAACUAAGUGUGUGAGUAGUAUAUAUGUCUACCGGACAUAGUGAAUGUUGGAAGGCAUUUGUGCUGAAAGUUUGGGGAAAAUAUGUUUUUUUUUAAAUCAAACCCCCAAUUUUCUUUAUUUUAUCACGAAGUAUUUAUGAAAUACUUGAAAUACUAAGACAAUGUAUAUAUGAGUGCAUUAUAAGAAAAAAUUAUUUGCAUUUUACAAUGAAUGUAAUAUCUGAAUUCCCACCAAAAUGCCAGAAUGGGCCAGUAAAAUGUUUUAUGUGCUAUAAUAAUAAUUCAGUCAAUAAUUGAGUCAAUAUCUGAUUUGAUUUUAACUUGACAAUUGAGGAUCUUCUUUUAUAAACAUAUACAGUACCAGUAAAAAGUUUGGACACUUACUCAUUCAAGAGUUUUUAUUGUAUUUUUACUAUUUUCUACAUUGUAGAAUAAUAGUGAAGACAUCAAAACUAUGAAAUAACACAUAUGUAAUCAUGUAGUUACCAGAAAAGUGUUAAACUAAUCAAAAUAUAUUUUAUAUUUGAGAUUCUUCAAAGUAGCCACUCUUUGCCUUGAUGACUACUUUGCACACUCUUGGCAUUCUCUCAACCAGCUUCAUGAGGAAUGCUUUUCCAAAAGUCUUGAAGGAGUUCCCACAUACAGUGGUUUGCGAAAGUAUUCACCCCCCCCCCCUUGGCAUUUUUCCUAUUUUGCUGCCUUACAACCUGGAAUUAAAAUGGAUUUUUGGGGGGUUUGUAUCAUUUGAUUUACACAACAUGCCUACCACUUUGAAGAUGCAAAAUUACAGCUGCAAGUCUCUUGGGGUAUGUCUGGAUUUUUGCCCAUUCUUCAAGGCAAAACUGCUCCAGCUCCUUCAAGUUGGAUGGGUUCCACUGGUGUACAGCAAUCUUUAAGUCAUACCACAUAUUCUCAAUUGGAUUGAGGUCUGGGCUUUGACUAGGCCAUUCCAAGACAUUUAAAUGUUUCCCCUUAAACCACUCAAGUGUUGCUUUACCAGUAUGCUUAGGGUCAUUGUCCUGCUGGAAGGUGAACCUCCGUCCCAGUCUCAAAUCUCUGGAAGACUGAAACAGGUUUCCCUCAAGAAUUUCCCUGUAUUUAGCGGCAUUCAUCAUUCUUUCAAUUCUGACCAGUUUCCCAGUCCCUGCCGAUGGAAAAACAUCCCCACAGCAUGAUGCUGCCACCACCAUGGUGUUCUCGGGGUGAUGAGAGGUGUUGGGUUUGUGCCAGACAUAGUGUUUUCCUUGAUGGCCAACAAGCUCAAUUUUAGUCUCAUCUGACCAGAGUACAUUCUUCCAUAUGUUUGGGGAGUCUCCCACAUGCCUUUUGGUGAAAACCAAACGUGUUUGCUUAUUUUUUUCUUUAAGCAAUGGCUUUUUUCUGGUCACUCUUCUGUAAAGCCCAGCUCUGUGGAGUGUACGGCUUAAAUUGGUCCUAUGGACAGAUACUCCAAUCUCCGCUGUGGAGCUUUGCAGCUCCUUCAGGGUUAUCUUUGGUCUCUUUGUUGCCUCUCUGAUUAAUGCCCUCCUUGCCUGGUCCGUGAGUUUUGGUGGGCGGCCCUCUCUUGGCAGGUUUGUUGUGGUGCCAUAUUCAUUCAAUUUUUUAAUAAUGGAUUUAAUGGUGCUCUGUGGGAUGUUCAAAGUUUCUGAGAAUUUUUAAAACCCUGAUCUUUACUUCUCCACAACUUUGCCCCUGCCCUGUUUGGAGAGCUCCUUGGUCUUCAUGAUGCCGCUUGCUUGGUUGUGCCCCUUGCUUAGUGGUGUUGCAGACUCUGGGGCCUUUCAGAACAGGUGUGUGUAUAUAUACUGAGAUCAUGUGGCACUUAGAUUGCACACAAGUGGACUUUAUUUAACUCAUUAUGUGACUUUUGAAGGUAAUUGGUUGCACCAGAUCUUAUUUAGGGGCUUCAUAACAAAGGGGUUGAAUACAUAUGCAUGCACCACUUUUCCGUUAUUCAUUUUAAAUAUUUUUUUGAAACAAGUAAUUUUUUUAAUUUCACUUCACCAAUUUUGACUAUGUCCAUUACAUGAAAUCCAAAUAAAAAUCAAUUUAAAUUACAGGUUGUAAUGCAACAAAAUAGAAAAAAGGCCAAGGGGGAUGAAUACUUUUGCAAGGCACUGUAUGCUGAGCACUUGUUGGCUGCUUUUCCUUCACUCUGCGGUCCAACUCAUCCCAAACCAUCUCAAUUGGGUUGAGGUCGGGUGAUUGUGGAGGCCAGGUGAUCGGAUACAGCACUCCAUCACUCUCCUUCUUGGUCAAAUAGCCCUUACACAGCCUGGAGGUGUGUUGGGUCAUUGUCCUGUUGAAAAACAAAUGAUAGUCUGACUAAGCGCAAACUAGAUGGGAUGGCGUAUCGUUGCAGAAUGCUGUGGUAGCCAUGCUGGUUAAGUUUGCCUUGAAUUCUAAAUAAAUCACUGACAGUGUCACCAGCAAAGCACCCCCACACCAUCACUCCUCCUCUAUGCUUCAUGGUGGGAACCACACAUGCAGAGAUCAUCCGUUGACCUACUAUGCGUUUCACAAAGACACGGCAGUUGGAACCAAAAAUCUCAAAUUUGGACUCAUCAGACCAAAGGACAGAUUUCCAACAGUGUAAUGUCCAUUGCUCGUGUUUCUUGACCCAAGCAAGUCUCUUCUUAUUAUUGGUGUCCUUUAGUAGUGGUUUAUUUGCAGCAAUUCGACCAUGAAGGCCUGAUUCACGCAGUCUCCUCUGAACAGUUGAUGUUGAUGUGUCUGUUACUAGAACUCUGUGAAACAUUUAUUUGGGCUGCCAUCUGAAGUGCAGUUAACUCUAAUGAUCUCAUCCUCUGCAGCAGAGGUAACUCUGGGUCUUCUUUUCCUGUGGUCGGUCCUCAUGAGAUCCAGUUUCAUCAACUGAUGGUUUUUGCGACUGCACAUGAAUAAACUUUCAAAGUUCUUGAAAUGUUCUGUAUUGACUGACCUUCAUGUCUUAAAGUAAUGAUGGACUGUCGUUUCUCUUUGCUUAUUUGAGCUGUUCUUGCCAUAAUAUGGACUUGGUCUUUUACCAAAUUGGGCUAUCUUCUGUAUACCACCCCUACCUUGUCACAACACAACUGAUUGGCUGAAACACAUUAAGAAGGAAAGAAAUUCCACAAAUUAACUUUUAAGAAGGCACACCUGUUAAUUGAAAUGCAUUCCAGGUGACCACCUCGUGAAGCUGGUUGAGAGAAUGCCAAGAGUGUGCAAAGCUGUCAUCAAGGCUGUUACGAACCCCGUGGCUUUAAACGUCUAGGGUGGAUGGACAUGAGACCCAUAACAUAAUUCAUGCAAAUUAGGAUGAUGACAUGGAACAGUGAGAACAAAAACUACACGACAACCAUAAACUACCGUCAAACAUAAAAGGUUUAUUGCUGAACACACGGUAAAGGUUUGGGAAAAAGGGCUGAGCAGGACCCAAGAAAUGAAACAAUAGUGUAAAAAAAACCUAAACUGAUCUUGCCUGCCUCAAGAACCGCUAAGCUACUGCUAAUCAUACAAAAGUACAGGGGGUGGUCCGCUCAGGUCUAACUAGUGUUUUUAGACAGAUUUCUUCCUACGGGUAAUGUACGCCCAAGGGCAACUUGCUUAAACUCCCCUUUUCCCAGAAACACACAAAGUUACCAAACAGAGUAAUCAGCAAAUGAGUGAGUACACAAAACACAGGACACCACAGUAUCCAUACUCACAUACGAAAAGUAGUCUAACAAAGUUACCAAACAGAGUAACCAGCAACUUAGUGAGUAAACAAAACACAGGACACCACAGUAUCCAUACUCACAUACGGAAAUAGUCUCUAACAACAAACACAACUGACCGGCUUUUAAACAAUGGGAUGUGUGAUUGAAAAACCAAAAACAGGUGGUGCAAUGCAGAGGAAUGUUCACUGAUUGGUCCACCUUAGCAAUCAGCAGACACCCCAACGACCACCAAUCAGGAACAUACAGGACACCUGUGAUUAGGGCAGAAGGAGAGGAAAAACACAAAAAGACACAGGAUACCUGUAUCCGUAACAAAGGCAAAGGGUGGCUAUUUAAAGAAUCUCAAAUAUAAAAUAUAUUUUCCAUAUGUGUUAUUUCAUAGCUUUGAUGUCUUCACUAUUAUUCUACAAUGUAGAAAAUAGUUUUAAAAAAUCAAGAAUAACCCUUGAAUGAGUAAGUGUGUCCAAUCUUUUGACUGGUACUGUACAUAAAAUACAUUAACACAAUUACUGUGAAGGCUACUCCUUCUCAAGGUCAACAGACCCCUUUCUGAUUAUGUUGUGGAAGUGCCAGCUUUGCCCGUUCAAAAGCUGUUCCAUCUUAUUUUGUUAAUGCACUGACUCGUGUACAAGUCUGUACAAAUCUGGCUCAAGAUUAAAGUGUCUGAUGAAUUACUGAAGUCUGACCGUGAAACUUAACGUGACUGUCCCCUGUGGCUUUGCUCAAAUCAGGAGAUGGACGACCACACUUCCGGAGACCUCCUGGUCAAGCAGGCGCACAAGGAGGAGGCCCAGAUCAAGGCCAUGGAUGGCUACAAGGACCGAGUGAGCAUCGCGGCCAACUCCAGCCUCAUGAUCAAGGGGGGUUCCCUGGUGGACCAGAGGACCUUCACCUGCAUGGUUGUGUACGGCUCCAACCUGGACGAGCACCCCGUCGACGUCUUGGUCCACAGUAAGUAGUAGCUACAUCUGGGUUAUGUUCAUUCGGUACAGAACAGAAGAAAAUGGACUGGUAGCAACAACAAGAUCUAUCUCAAAGCUUCCCCUUGUUGUCAGAGUGCUCGUGGCGAGCUUGAGAAGCCUUUGAAAAGAUCAAAAUGAAAAAUUGUGGGUGGAUUGAAAUCAACAUUUAAUCUCAGACCUAAAGUGGAAGCUGUGAUGACACUUUAUGUAAAAACAUGCCUUCCUAGGCACUGGAUGACAUAUUCAAAGUCUAGAAAAGUUACAAACUUUUGGAUGGAGACACACAGGGAAAAGGUUUCACUUCACUGCUAUAACAAACUUGUUCUCCCCUGGGUGGUCACUUCCGCCCCUGGGAUAACCUAUAGCUCAUCAGCGUUGGGAUGGGAAGAAGACCUUCAGCAGAAAUUGAACAAACAUUUCAAUUGUCAGGUACUGGGCAGAAAAAGCAAAUUCAUGAUCCUGAUCGAAACAUUGUCUUUAUGUGUGGGUCUCAUUGAAUCACAGAGGAGCAUAACAGAGUUGCGGACAUUACCUCUUUCAAAGUAACCUUCAGGCCUGGUUUCAUGGGGUAUGUCAGACACCACCCUGGAGGCAGGAUGAGUGUACAGAUGGAUUUAUUGCCAAUAGCACUAAUUAUAUGCAACUUGUUGUCAUGCCGCCAUAUUGUCAACCAACCAUAAGUCUACGUCAUCCUCUCAUUAGACUAUGUAGUAGUAUUACUGGUUAAAUUUGAGCAUUUUGAGUAUAGCAUUUACAUUAUUCAUGGGGUUUGUUGUUUGUCUUUGCAGAGAAGCCGUUGCUACCACAGAUAAAAGACAAAGCCAAAGAGCUGGAGAACGGCAAACUGACAUCGGUGAGUAGAACACAUUUAACACAGAACAUAGUGGACUUCUGCCUCAACUCACCAACUAUAAAUACUGAACAAAAAUAUAAACGCAACAUGUAAAGUGUUGGUCUCAUGUUUCAUGAGCUGAAAUAAAAGAUCCCCGAAAUGUUCCAUACGCACAAAAAGCUUAUUUCCCUAAAAUGUUGUGCACAAAUUUGCUUACAUCCCUGUUAGUGAGCAUUUCUCCUUUGCCAAGAUAAUCCAUCCAUUUCAAGAAGCUGAUUAAACAGUAUGAUCAUUACACAGGUGCACCUUGUGCUGGGGACAAUAAAAGGGCUCUCUAAAAGGUGCAGUUUUGUUACACAACACAAUGCCACAGAUGUCUCAAGUUUUGAGGGAGCGUGCAAUUGGCAUGCUGACUGCAGGAAUGUCCACCAGAGCUGUUACCAGAUAAUUGAAUGUUUAUUUCUCUAUUAUAAGCUGCCUCCUACGUCAUUUUAUUGAAUUUGGCAGUACGUCCAACCGGCUUCACAAGCGCAGACCACGUGUAACCACACCAGCCCAGCGACCUCCACAUCCAGCUUCUUCACCUGCGGGAUAGUCUGAGACGAGCCACCUGGACAGCUGAUGAAACCGUGGGUUUGCACAACCGAAUAAUUUCUGCACAAACUGUCAGAAACCUUCUCAAGGAAGCUCAUCUGCAUGCUUGUCGUCCUCACCAGGGUCUUGAUCUGACUGCAGUUCAGCGUCCUAACCGACUUAAGUAGGCAAAUCCUCACCUUCAAUGGCCACUGGCACGCUGGAGAAGUGUGUUCUUGACGGAUUAAUCCCGGUUUCAACUGUACCGGGCAGAUGGCAGACAGCGUGUAUGGUGUCGUGUGGGCGAGUGGUUUGCUGAUGUCAACGUUGUGAACAGAGUGCCCCAUUGUGGGGUUAUGGUAUGGGCAGGCAUAAGCUACGGACAACAAACACAAUUGCAUUUUAUCAAUGGCAAUUUGAAUGAAAUGAGCUACCGUGACGAGAUCCUGAGGCCCAUCAAAUCAAGCUUUAUUUAUAUAGCACAUUUCAGACAUGGAAUGCAACACAGUGUGCUUCACAGGAAAAAAACAAUGAAAAUAAAAAUGUUAUAUUUACUACACAACAAACAUAAGAGGAUAAAAAAAACAAAAGAAUAUGAACUAAAGGCUGCCUCGAUGCUUCUUGAUCCUAGGCUUUGGGAUAGUUAAAAUGCCAGUGCCAGAGUACAUGAGGGACCUACUGGGUACAUAACUUAAAAGCAUGUCUGACAUGUAUUAGAUAUGUAUUGGGGUGCACAAUCGUGAAUAGAUUUUUUAAAAAAACAAUAGAAGAAUCUUAAAAUGUGUUCUAAAACUCAGAGGAAGCCAGUGCAGAGACCUUAACAUCGGUGUAAUGUGUGCUCUCCAUCUGGUCUUGGUCAGUACCCUUGCUGCAGUAUUCUGUAUGUUUUGCAGUUGACCAAUGGCUUUCUUGAGUAGACCAGACAGGAGCGCAUUACAGUAGUCAAGCCUGCUUGUAAUAAAAGCAUGGAUGAGUUUCUCUGUAACAAAAUCGAACCUUGUGGAACACCACAUGUGAAAUGUAUUUUCUUUGAGUUAUGUUCACCAAGGGUGACAAAAAACUCUUGACCGGUUAAAUAGGUCCUAAACCAAUGUAGAACUGGACCGGAGAGGCCAACCUACCUCUCUAGUCUGUCCAGAAGGACAUCAUGGUCAACAGUGUCGAAUGCAGCACUUAAAUCCAAGAGUACAAGGACAGAGAGCUGUUUGGCAUCUGUGUUGGCGCUAAGAUCAUUUACCAGGUUAACUAAGGAUGUCUCUGUGCUGUGGUGGGCCCGAAAUCCAAAUUGGGAGUUUUUCCAAAAUAUUUGAAUUGACCGAUUUUCUUGUAUGAACUGUAACUCAGUAAAGUCAUUGAAACUGUUGCAAGUUGCGUUUAUUUUUGUUCAGUGUAGAUGGAAACUGUUGGAGUCAGUCCACCAGAAUGCAAUGUACAUUUAAUAUGGAUCUAGAGUCACCUUUUUUAUGACUAUUCUCGCCUAACAAUUGAAACAUUAUUGAAGAGCUUGAGGAAGUUUUGGUCUCUGUGUGUGAGAGAGAGGGAGAGCGAGAAGGACGUCUGCAAUGAUACCUCGUGAAAGGAAUGAGGUGAGGCAUGCGUGGUUCAUACACCAGUCUAAUUACAGAAGUUAGAGUAAACAUAUGACCUCUGGCAAAUUCUUGGAAUGUGGAAGCUUUGAAUGAUGUGGAAAUAGGUACUGUACUUCGCAACAACUGUAUAAAAGAGGUUGUCCUUUUGUCUGAGAAACUUGGGUGCCAGAAGAAUGGAAUGAAAUUCUAGUGCCAAGUUAGUAUGACUGAUAAUAAUAUGGACUCUGUUUUGAGAGAACGCCCACUGAGGUAUGUCAUGUUCAAAGGGCUCUCUCUCACGGUCUCUGUCUCACUCUCUCUCUCUCUCACGCUCUCUCUCUUUCACUCUCUUUCACACUAUCUCUCUCUCUCUCUCUCGCUCUCGCUCUCGCUCUCGCUCUCGCUCUCGCUCUCGCUCUCGCUCUCGCUCUCUCUCUUUCACUCUCUUUCACACUAUCUUUCUCUCUCUCUCUCUCUCUCUCUCUCACUCUCACUCACUCACUCACUCACUCACUCACUCACUCACUCACUCACUCACUCACUCACUCACUCACUCACUCACUCACUCACUCACUCACUCACUCACUCACUCGCGCACACACACACACAUGCACACACAUACGGAAUGCAGCGCCUUCUCAGACAGCUUACUUUGAGAGCAGUCCCUUCAAAGCCAAAACAUUCCAGUUUCAGACUUGACAUACAGUGUCACCAAGUGUGUGUCAUCAAAAGAUGACUGCCAAGUGAGGGAUCACAGCCUCGACUUAUUGCUGUCUAAAAAUGGUAUCCGCGUGGCACAGAAGAUCGAGAUCCCCACUGCCCUGUAUAAUGUCUGUUUUUUGUUAUGGUCGGGUUUGUGUGAGUGUGGGUUUCUUUAGGACAGACAGUCACAUUAAUGACGCUGUGACCAGCAGCUCUGCCAGGUACAGCUAGCUCCUGUCUAACCGUGAAGGAUCUAAAAAGUUCCACCGUGAGAGAAAAGUGAACCACUUAAGGGCACCCAUGGGAAGACUAGCCCCUGUACCGGGCAGCACUGUAGGAGUGUGGCAUGAUGUAUUGUAGCGGGAUUCUUUUGGAGGGCCUUGUCCAUUAUCUGAUGCAGGCGGCCCGCCCAGUGGGCCCCCCGCUUCCAUCCUUUUUGCCUCGCUCCUCUGGCGGAGGGUUUGCUUUCUCAUGCCACCCCACACGCCCGAACCCAUGCACCAUCCGACAUACCUACACUGCCGGUGGCUCACACAGCCUGCAAAUACUCCUCAACCCACUUUGAGCUCUCUAUCCCCCUGCCAUGAUAUGUCCUUAGAGCAGUCCGACAGUCCACUUUCUUACAAAUUGAAAUGUAAUAGUAGGGGUGUUGAUCAAAAAGGUAAUCACAGCCUUACGUUGUGAUAAUAAAGAUAAGGAUUGUUAUUAUAGACAUAUAGUGUGCUCCAGAAGUAUUGGGACAGUGACAAUCUGUUUUUGUUUUGGCUGUACUCCGGCAUUUUGGAUUUGAAAUUAUACAAUGACUAUGAGGUUCAAGUGCAGACUGUCAGCUUUAAUUUGAAGUUUUUGUCAUCCAUAUCUGGUGAACCGUUUAGAAAUUACAGCACCUUUUACACAUAGUCCCCCCAUUUUAGGGGACCACUUAUAUGUGUAGUAAAAAGUUAAUAUAUCAUAAGUACAAAAUGCUAAUCACCCCUGUUAUUGUAAUGGUGAGAGGUUAGCAUGUCUUGGGGGUAUGAUAUUUGUGCGUCUGUAACUUUCUCACUCAUCAUUAUUCACGAUUCAUUCAGGAUUAUCCGUAAUCAUGGUAGCAUCCACAUUAAUGUGGAAGUGUUUAGAAACAUAUUCUUAUUUACAAUUAAAGUGACUCCAAAAUGGCACAAUACAUUAUUUACUAUUCAAUUCUAUUGGGCACAAAUAAUCUGAAACACAACCUAAACAAACAGCGAAGGCAUCCAACAAAUGUUUAGAGUCACAAGCUUGAUGCGUGCUAUCAAUAUGGGAUCAAAUACUUCACUUUUUACUAUUUUUACUAUACAUGUAAGUGAAUUUGUUCCCAAUACUCUAAAAGAGCUGUAAUUUAUAAAUGGUUCACCUGAUAUGGAUGAAAGUACCCUCAAAUUAAAGCUGACAGUCUGCACUUUAACCUCAUAGUCAUUAUACUCACUGUAUAAAUGCAUAAAGUCAUAAUCCACAUUCCUACCGUGGUAGAUUACCAGGAAAUGGUCCAAAGUCAUCUCAAACAUUUCAAUGGGCAGAUACACAGGUUCUACUCAAGUAUGUGCAGAUUAUCGACUCUUCAUAUUGCCUGGAGAAGUGUUGAGCAGUCUCAGGAACUACAUCAACAUGAUAUAACAACCAUAUAACGUGGGAAAGAAUCUGGGUGUCUGGAAACUAUGACUCAUCUUUUAUCAGUGCGGUAGAAACUGUGUUAUAUGAAAUGACACAUGGAACAAGUAUUUAAAGGACACUAAAUGCGGUUCCUUUGUUCUCUCUGUUUCUCUAGUCAUGACCCUGAAUACUGUUUACUCUGACACGUAUACAGUAACCACUGGGCUCCAGGAAAAGAGAUUCAGCAAUGAACUCUCAGUGCACCCAUAUAUAGACUGUACACUUUCACUUUAGUCUCUUCGGGCUGGUUACACGGACACAAAUUUAGCCUUGUCCUGGAUUAAAAAACGGAGAAUCUACAAUAAAACAGCUUAAUCUGUGUCCAGGGGACCAGUUCUUAAUGUAGCUGCUUUUGGUUUGAUUUGUUAUGUUGUUUUUUGUGUCUUUCAGCUAGGCGUGUGUAUGGCCGCAGAUGCAAACCCCGCCGCCGAAAUCGUGUGGUCCAAAAAUGGCAAGCUGCUGGUGGCUGAUGGAAAGAGUAUGUCAUCACAUCUUGUCCCACCAACAGCCGCACAAACAGUUACACAACAGUCAGACAACAAUCUUUGAAUCGUUGUUUUCAUUUCAACAACUUCCUACUUGUGACACCUUUUGCAAGAUUUAUGUGAAAAAAUCCAUUUUGAAUCUUUGUUUUCAUAUCUGUAUUCCCAGUCAUGUGAAAUCCUUCGAUUAGGACCUAAUGAAUUUAUUUCAGUUGACUGAUUUCCUUAUAUGAACUGUAACUCAGUAAAAUCUUUGAAAUUGGCCACUGGCUACUUUUGUAAUACAGUAAAUAGACUAAAGUUAAGGCUGUUUUACAAACUAAUGUAACAGUAUUUAUUCAACUUUAAAAUUAGUAACACAUCCCUGGCCACAUUUGGAGGUUACUGUAACAAUAAAUGUCUUAUGUAAUCAUAUGUUCAGGAUAGCAUGCAAAUGUCGCAGGUCUGUGGAGAUCUUCACAAUUGCUAUAAUAAUCUGUGCAGAAUCUCAAAUGGAAUUACCCAAUUGCACAUGUACUUAAAUAAUCUAAAUUGGUUGUGCUAGUAAAUUAAGCACAGUGAUGACACAUUAAGUUGUUGUAUAAAUAAACAAAAUAUCUAACAUUGUAGAGGCGUCACUACAGACCCGGGUUCGAUCCCGGGCUGUAUCACAACCGGCUGUGAUUGGGGAGUCCCAUAGGGUGGCGCACAAAUGGCCCAGUGUCAUCCGGGUUAGGGGAGGGUUUGGCCGGGGUAGGCCGUCAUUGUAAAUUAGAAUUUGUUCUUAACUGACUUGCCUAGUUAAAUAAAGGUUAAAUGAAAUAAAUAAACAAAAAAUCUGACAUUGAUUUUCCAUUGGAAUUUGGUUAUGCUUUUAGAUGGUUGAAAGCAUAGUGAUAACACUUCAGAAAUUCAACACACUUUUAACUGUCUUUUUGAGUGGGUGAAAAUAGGUUGUAGUCUCAUUGAUCAACGUAUCAACCAAAUAUUACCCAAUUCUCCUUGUUGAAAUGAGGUGGAAAAAGUCAAGGGGUCUGAAUACUUUUCCGAAGGCACUGUACAUAAAAAAUAAUAGGAUAAAAUAUUCAUCACAUUUACUGACAGAGUCAUAAAUCUCAGUCUAGAUUCAGGCUAUCCCAUCUUGUUACACUUCACCUUCAGACUGUCAUUUGAUUAAUCUGUCAACUCUUCUGACCGUGGCAAUUCUUACUACCAGUGACUCAUCCUCUUAUUUGUUUGCUCUGUUUGUUUGCACUCACAGCCAUCAUCAUUACGCCCAGUGUGAAGGUGGAUCCGUCGACGGGCCUGUCCACUACCACGUCCGGUCUGCAGUACACAGCGGUGAAAAGCGACAUGGAAGCCAAAUUCACCUGCACCGCCAAACACAGCCUGGAAACACAGAUGUCCGCUCCCGAGAUCUUCACCAUUCACUGUGAGUGGACCGCACCGCCCCCUGGAGGUCUUUGACCUGCAGUACAUGUACAUAAAUCUGUCACAGAAUGAUUGAUAAUCAUGUAUUAAUAUAGUCUGUCUUAGUUAGGAUAUUCAGCCCAUGCUUUAAUCAAACCUACAGCCCUGGGACGUGUCCAGUAGGCACAAAAUUGAAGAAAAUUGAGUAUAAUGGGAAAAGACCCAUACGGGAGAAAAAAUAUACAGUACCAGUCAAAAGUUUGGACACACCUACUCAUUCAAGGGUUUUUCUUUAUUUUUACUAUUUUUUUUACAGAAUAAUAGUAAAGACAUCAGAACUAUGACAUAACUCAUAUGGAAUCCUGUAAUAACCAAACAAUUGUUAAACAAAUCAAAAUAAAUAUAUUUUAUAUUUGAGAUUCUUCAAAAUAGCCACCCUUUGCCUUGAUGUCAGCUUUGACCACUCUUGGCAUUCUCUCAACCAGCUUCAUGAGGUAGUCACCUGGAAUGCAUUUCAAUUAACAGGUGUGCCUUCUUAAAAGUUAAUUUGUGGAAUUUAUUUCCUUCUUAAUGCGUUUGAGCCAAUCAGUUGUGUUGUGACAAGGUAGGGGGGGGGUAUACAGAAGAAAGCCCUAUUUGGUAAAAGACCAAGUCCAUAUCAUGGCAAGAACAGCUCAAAUAAGCAAAGAGAAACGACAGUCCAUCAUUACUUUAAGACAUGAAGGUCCGUCAAUACGGAACAUUUCAAGAACUUUGAAAGUUUCUUCAAGUGCAGUCGCAAAAACCAUCAAGCGCUAUGAUGAAACUGGCUCUCAUGAGGACCGCCACAGGAAUGGAAGACCCAGAGUUACCUCUGCUGCAGAGGAUAAGUUCAGAAGAGUUACCAGCCUCAGAAAUUGUAGCCCAAAUAAAUGCUUCACAGAGUUCAAGUAACAGACACAUCUCAACAUCAACUGUUCAGAGGGGACUGUGUGAAUCAGGCCUUCAUGGUCGAAUUGCUGCAAAGAAACCACUACUAAAGGACACCAAUAAGAAGAAGAGACCUGCUUGGGUCAAGAAACACAAGCAAUGGACAUUCGACUGGUGGAAAUGUGUCCUUUGGUCUGGAGUCCAAAUUGGAGAUUUUUGGUCCCAUGAGAUGUCUUCAUGAGAUGCGGUGUGGGUGAACGGAUGAUCUAUGUAUGUGUAGUUCCCACCGUAAAGCAUGGAGGAGGAGGUGUUAUGGUGUGGGGGUGCUUUGCUGGUGACACUGUCUGUGAUGUAUUUAGAAUUCAAGGCACACUUACCCAGCAUGGCUACCACAGCAUUCUGCAGCGAUAUGCCAUCCCAUCUGGUUUGGGCUUAGUGGGACUAUCAUUUUUUUUUCAACAGGACAAUGACCCAACACACCUCCAGGCUGUGUAAGGGCUAUUUGACCAAGAAGGAGAGUGAUGUAGUGCUGCAUCAGAAGACCUGGCCUCCACAAUCCCCCAACCUCAACCCAAUUGAGAUGGUUUGGGAUGAGUUGGAUGGCAGAGUGAAGGAAAAGCAGCCAACAAGUGCUCAGCAUAUGUGGGGACUCCUUCAAGACUGUUGGAAAAGCAUUCCAGGUGAAGCUAGUUGAGAGAAUGCCAAGAGUGUGCAAAGCUGUCAUUAAGGCAAAUGGUGGCUAUUUGAAGAAUCUCAAAUAUAAAAUAUAUUUGGAUUUGUUUAACACUUUUUUUGGUUACUACAUUAUUGCAUACGUGUUAAUUCAUAGUGUUGAUGUCUUCACUAUUAUUCUACAAUGUAGAAAAUAGUAAAAAUAAAGAAAACUCUUGAAUGAGUAGGUGUGUCCAAACUUUUGACUGGUAGUGUAUAUAUUUUUAGAGAAACGUUUUUAGGUUACAUGUGAAAUAUUUAAAAUUGGCCAAAUAAUGUAUGUUUUUUAAAAACAAUUUAAUACAUGAAUGAAUGUAUUUAAAAUGUAUAUUACAGUAUAUGUUAAAUGCAUCCGAAAAUGUAUUUAAUUUAUUUCAAAGAUUAAUUCUGAAAUGCGUUAAAGAAUAUAUUUUCACAUGUAUUUAUAAGACAUAUUUGUUUAUUUUAAUGUAUGGCCAUUAUAAAAAAAUUGGCCAAAUCAUACUGUAAGAAAUUGACACUUUCUUAACAAUGAAACUUUAGUACAAUAUCUCAUGCACUUAUGUCAGUCUCAUUAACACUGCAGAACUGUCAGUGUACAACCUUGAACUUUAACCUCAGAACACAACAUUACACAUUAAUUGGCGGGACAAUCCGUCUCAUGGGAUGCCCAACAAGCCACACCUCCAAGUCUUUUAAUAUGCUGCCGCCGUACCAAAAGCACUAACAUGCACUUAAAUGACUAAAAAAAUGACUACAAACAUGAUACAUUAUCAGUCAUGUAGUGACCCCAUGUCUUUCAUGUGCAUGCUCUCGUCAAGUUUGUUUAUUUGUCAUAUUAUGAGCCUUGCUACAAACGUCCGACGGGCAGAACUUAACGUGUACUGGGUUGUUCCAUGAAAUGAGUGCCUUUGCGUCCCUUUGAUAUGUUAAGUACAAAUUAUGCACCAAUAUUGAAUUUUAAAAUCCUGUUAUAUGAAGUGAUGUGCCCUUUAAUAUAGACCACAUGGACAUUUCAAUAAAUCAGAUUUUCAAUAUGAAUAAAGAUUUGCUAAAGUGCCAAAAUUCUGCAUUUUGAAAUGUACCUCCGUAAAUCCUCUGUGACUUCUAGGAAGAUUUUGUACCACUAACCCCCCAAAAUACUCCAUGUUAUCACCAUCAUUGUAAAGCCCUAGUUAUUUCAUUGCUUUGACAUAGUUAGUUCUCAAGAUAAUUAUUUAUUAGUGAUUCAUGUACGUCUGUCCCUCAUUUUAAGGUCAACCCAUUACGUGAACUUAACUAUUGUUUUAAUAUGGUGAAACUAUUCCUUCUUAAAUAUUUAUUUCAAAAGAAACAUUGAACAUCUAAUAGUAAAAUCAUAGUGCAAAAGCAGGUGAGCUGGUUCUACUCUUUUUGGCCAUUUUCUGGUGUUUUGUGGUGAAAAACUGAGUGGGUCGAGCAUAAUACGUCACAACACACCCUGUAUACCUAUAGAUAGACAGACUAGAAAUGUUUUAAGAAUAAAAUAAAAAAAUGUGUGCGAAAAGUACAGUAAAUGUAAAAUGCACAUACAAUCAACAGUGUAAUGUUUGGAUUCAAUCUUGUAUCAGGUGAACUGUUGUCCUCAAAUUUGGUCUAAUAAUUUUUCCAUAAUCUCCAAACCUUUCCCUUUCAAUUGCUACCAUGCUUAUGCAUUUCAUAUUUCUUCUGUAAGAAACAUUUCAAUUUAGCCUUAUCCAUAUAGGCCAAUGCCCAGGAGUGUACAGGGUUAAAACUAUUGAAAGAAAUUCUCAUUUUAGUUUUCACUUCCGACGAAAUGGGAGUGUGUUUUUGUUAACUUGGAUAGAACAGCUGUACUUGCUGUAUGUAGUUUUAGAAGGUUAUUAAAGCUCUUCAGUUAUACCUUGAGCCCGUGGGAAUCUCCUUCAUGAGGUUAGUUUGAGGGGUUGAUGGAUCAUUUGGGUGUAAGUUAAGCAGUGUGUAUGUGUCGGUGCAUACUAUCUUCUAUUACGGUAUGUGUGUUCUCACUCGUACAGUAUUUGUACUGUACAUGUUUGAUAUUUAUUGCAUGUGAUCCAGGGUCACAUAAGACCAUCAGUAACUAUUUUUGAUGUAUGGAAUUUGAAACGCAACUCUUCUGGAAUGCACUGUUGCGGCAAUUUGCUUAUUUACAGUGUCCUCUAAGACACUACGCCGAUAAUUCAGUCUUUCUGGAGCAUUGCACUCUGGGCACUGAGAGCGUAAAGCAGAUGUGAGCUGCGCCUCAGGGUGCAGAUUCAAUACGACCCGCUUCGCCACCCCAUCCAGUGACCAACGCCAGCCUGACAGUCUGCCCGCCAUCGCAAAUGACUCGAGGCCCCCUGGGGGCCUUUUCAGAUGACGAUGUCCUCUCUCUUUCUCUCUCUCGUCACUUGAUCUCUCUUUCUCUUUCCCUCUCUCUUUCUCUGUCUCUCUAUCCUUACUCUAUGUCUAUCUCUCUCUUUCUCUCUCUGGACUCUCCACUCCCUUUAUCCCUCUCUCCAUCUGUCUUUUAGAUCCAACAGAGAAGUUGAGCCUCCAGGUGCUGGCGAAGGCUCCCAUCAGAGAGGGCGACAACGUGACGUUGAAGUGCAAGGCGGACGGCAACCCUCCUCCAACCAGCUUCAACUUCAGCAUCAAGGCAGGUUUCCCUCUGUAAUGUCUGGGGGAUCAAGGAUUGAGAUACCAAUAUUUAUAUAGAGGAUCUCUGGGUUCUAUUGAAUUGUUUGGGGUCAAGCCAUGUGGACAGUACCCCACCGUUCGUGACAGAAUCUGUCACCGUUUCCUUAACCAUCCUUCACCCACCUCUCCCUGUUUCUCUCCCCUCUUUCUCCCUCGUUGCCUCAUCACUCCUUGUCCCUUUACUUUCUUUCACUAGUGGCUGUCUGCCUGUCAAUUUUGGGAUGGUAACACAAUGCAACCCUUUCCCCCUUCCCUCAACAGGGCCAGAAAGUGACGGUGAAAGACUCCGACACCUUCACUCUGACUGCCGUUACGCGUGACAACACCGGAGACUACAAGUGCUCACUGGUCGACGACGGCAAAAUGGAGGCCUCGGAAAAGAUUGUUGUGAGCUGUGAGUAUAGACAACAUAUUUGUUGCGCUGUGGAUUUAAACAAAGCUUCAAGGAUAGUGUUGUGAGCACUCGCUGAGCCUUGAAAGGAGCGAGCAGACAUCUUCAGUGUUUAAAUCUCAGCAAAUAUUUAUUUUGCACUUCCUUAACAAGCUCCUUUAUCCACUGUAAAUGAAGUCACAGGAGCAAGGGAAGGUAAUCAAAUACAUAUUCAAGAGGAUUAGCUGGGAGGGGAGUGCAGUUUGGGGGGGCAGUGGGAAGAACUAAUUAGAAUUUCUGACAUCCAUUGACCAGGCCUAACCGUUGGAAGGGAAGAGCUUAGGCAAAACACUGAUAAGGCCACUUUCCAAAGCCCCCGCCUUCCUCCACACACACACACACACACAUUUAAUUACUCCCUUCUUCUGAGGUGUGUGGUUCUGCUCCUUAGAUCAAAAGAGCCUGGCUAAGACUGUUAUGUGAAUAUAGCCACAUCCCCCGUCUCGCCACUCCAAUGCAUUUCAUGCAUCUUUAGCAAAAGCUUAUUUCCCGCUCCUAACAACCUAAAUUGAGUGUUUGAGGGGAAAGACAAUAACUUUGCGGGAAGGAAUCCUGGGAGAAGAGGGUUCUGAGGGAACGUGUCCUCCCUGAAUCACAAAGUCACCAAGCUGUGGGACUGAUCGUGGCACUGGGAUGUCAACCCAUACCCCCUGAGGUUUUGUGGCGGCUUUGUUACCAGUGAUAAGCACUACAAAUGAGUGUACAGGAAUAGGAACUCUGAAAAAUCCUUCCCCUCUCUCCUCUCCUCUGCGUUCUCUCCACCUCCCUUUCCCUAGACUUGGAUCUCAGUCUCAGCCCAACAGGAAAGGUCGUUAAGAUGGUCAGGGAAACCUUGGUGGUGAAAAUGGAGCAGAACGCCUCCGGCGACGCUAAAGUGUCAUGGACCAAGGUAAAAACAUUUUUUUUGCUAGAAGGCUGCAUAGUUACUGAAAUCCCAUAACAUCAUACUAACAGUGACAUCUUCAGUCGACAAAACAGCCUUUGCAGUAUUCAAAUUGCCCCAAAAAAGGGCUUGAUUAAAUCCGUAUCGCGUAAGAUCUGCGGUAUAGUGCGAUUGAAAUGAAAAGGUAAUUUCCGAUUGAGCCGACAUAUACAGCGUUACCGUGAAUACAGUCUCCGGGAACUCGGGAACAUUGCCUUUCAAUUUCAAUCACCCUAUACCACGGAUCUUCCGCGAUACGGAUUGAAUCGAGCCCUAAGUAACAUUUUAAAACAAAAGGACAACGCAGCGAGUUUGGAAUACUACCCAUGAUUGCUGCCAGCGAUACACAGCAUAGAUGAAGCAAAUGUGUAUGUAUAAGCCAGGGUUUGACUGUUGCUUGAUCUAAUGAGUCUGGGUUCACUUCACUCUUCCAGGACAACAGAAAGCUGGACAAAGAGCCUAGGUUUGAACAUGUGUCGUACGCUGAUGCAGGGUUCUACGUUUGUGAGGUGUCCGUUGCAGGCAUCAAGCGCAACCAGUCCUUCCAGCUGGUAGUAGAAGGUGCUUAUCCCUUUUCUCUUCCUCUUUGACAUUGGUUCCCAGGUUGACUCCAGUUUCAAAGGUAGCCGAAUUUCAAUCUGUUAUGUAGUUUCAGCUGUAUGCCUCAGUGCCAAAUGAAAUGGAAAGAGAGACACAAUUGAAAAUGCUAUGGUGCCUAUCUUUCCCAUUCAUUUGAUUUAGUCUUGCACUCUGGAUAAAAGCGUCUGCUGUCUAAAAUGUUCAUGUAUGUAAAUGAGCCAUAUACUGUUAGUCAAUUUAUACAACAGAUCUUGUGUGACAUGGACUAAUCUCAACAUUAAACCACUUUCUGGGACUGAACUGAAAGCAAGUCAUUCAGUAAGCUGGUGCUGUGUGUCCAACAGGCACACCAGUCAUCAAGAAGAUGACUAAGCAGCGCAGCGAGGAUGGCAGACACAAGGUUCUGACCUGCGAGGCAGAGGGCGUGCCCCGGCCCAGUGUCCAGUGGAGCGUCAACGGCACAAAUGUAAGUCUGCCGUGUGUGUUUGUGAUAUCCAGACGAGUUUGUGCCACUGUAGUGAUGUCCCACUAAGUGAAGCCUGUGAGUAAGCCUUGUCUGAGACAAACCGGCCCAUAGUGGCAGGAGCCUAUCUCUUGUUUCUGUAGCAUGAGGCAGCUUGAUGUACAGGACCGCUAGUGCCAAGCAAAGAGGCAUCAGGUCGCAUUUUUAAAGUCUUUGUAAUGACUUGGCCGGGGAUCGAACCCCCAACUUUUCAAUCUCUGCCUAUCAUAUCAUUUAACUAUACUGAACAAAAAUAUAAAUUAAACAUGCAACAAUUUCAAAGAUUUGACUGAGUUACAGUUCAUAUAAGGAAAUCCGUCAAUUGAAAUAAAUUCAAUAGAUCCUAAUCUAUGGAUUUCACAUGACUGGGAAUACAGAUAUGCAUCUGUUGGUCACAGAUACCUUUACAAAAAAAUGGGCCUCACAAUGGGCCUCAGGAUCUCAUCACGGUAUCUCUGUGCAUUCAAAUUGCCAUCGAUAAAAUGUAAAUGUAUUCGUUGUCCAUAGCUUAUGCCUGCCCAUAACAUAACCCCACCACCACCAUGGGGCACUCUGUUCACAACGUUGACAUCAGCAAACCGCUCGCCCACACAAAGCCAUACACGUGGUCUGCGGCUUAUGGUAGAGAAAUGAACAUUACAUUCUCUGGCAACAGCUCUGGUGGACAUUCCUGCAGUCAACAUGCCAACUGCACGCUCCCUCAAAACAUGAGACAUCUGUGGCAUUGUGUUGUGACAAAACUGCACAUUUUAGAGUGGCCUUUUAUUGUCCCCAGCACAAGGUGCACCUGUGUAAUUAUCAGCUUCUUGAUAUGCCACACCUGUCAGGUGGAUGGAUCAUCUUGGCAAAGGAGAAAUGCUCACUAACAGGGAUGUAAACAAAUUUGUGCACAACAUUUGAGAGAAAUAAUCAUUUUGUGCAUAUGGACAAUUUCUGGGAUCUUUUAUUUCAGCUCAUGAAACAUGGGACCAACACUUUACAUGUUGCGUUUAUAUUUUUGUUCAGUGUAUAUGAUAUGAUAAGCAAGUCGUGUCAGACACUGGCAUCAUUACUGACAAAAAUGAGAUGCAGUGCCCUCAGAAGUAUUCACACACCUUGACUUUUUCCACAUUUUGUUGUGUUACAGCAUAAAUUUAAAAUGAAUUAAAUUGAGUUUUUUGUCACUGGCCUACACACAAAACCCUGUAAUGUCAAAGUAGAAUAUUAUAUUUCCUGAAUUUUUUACAAAUUAAUAAAAAACGAAAAGCUGAAUUGUCUUGAGUCAAUAAGUAUUCAACCCCUUAGCAUAAAUAAGUUCAGGAGUACAAAUGUGCUUAACAAGUCACAUAAUAAGUUGCAUGGACUCACUCUGUGCAAUAGUGUUUUACAUGGUUUUUGAAUGACUACCUCAUCUCUCUACCCCACACAUACAAUGAUCUGUAAGGUCCCUCAGUCGAGCAGUGAAUUUGAAACAUAGAUUCAACCACAAAGACCAGGGAGGUUUUCCAAUGCCUCCCAAAGAAGGGCACCUAUUGGUAGAUGGGAAGUUGUUAAUUACACUUUGGAUGGUGUAUCAAUACACCCAGUCACUACAAAGAUACAGGCGUCCUUCCUAACUCAGUUGCCGGAGAGGAUGGAAACCGCUCAGGGAUUUACAGAGUUUAAAGGCUGUGAUAGGAGAAAACUGAUGAUGGAUCAACAACAUUGUAGUUACUGCACAAUACUAACCUAAAUGACAGAGUGAAAAGAAGGAAGCCUGUACAGAAUAUAAAUAUUCCAAAACAUGCAUCCUGUUUUUAACAAGGUACGAAUGUAAUACAUAAAGAAAUGUGGCAAAGCAAUUCACUUUUUUGUCCAGAAUACAAAGUGUUAUGUUUGGUGCAAAUCCAAUACAACACAUUACUGAGUACCACUCCUCAUAUUUUCAUGCAUAGUGGUGGCUGCAUCAUGUUAUGGGUAUGCUUGUAAUCGUUAAGGACUGGGGAGUUUUUCAAGAUAAAAAAGAAAUGGAAUGGAGUGAAGCACAGACAAAAUCCUAGAAAAACCUGUUUCAGUCUGCUUUCCACCAGACACUGGGAGAGGAAUUCACCAUUCAGCAGGACAAUAACCUAAAACACAAGGCCAAAUAUACACUGGAGUUCCUUACCAAGAAGACAAAAAUAUCAUAAUUAAGUGAUCUACGGAAUCAUCAACAGAGCCAUCCAUAAUCCAUCACUGAAGACAGCUGUGGAAGAGGUCAAAUGGACCACAGACACACCCAUGUCCAAAAUGAUACAAGGCUGAAACUGACCCAACACAUUCCCCUAUCCACAGCAUAGACAUACACAACUGACUUCAGUCACACAUGACCAUAUUUUGCAGUUUUCUUAAUUUUUUAUUUUUAUUUACUCAAUAAAAAAAAAUAAGUUAAUUAACUUCUUAUAUACCUUUGAGUUUUAUGAAAUGGAAAUGUGAAGUGCACAUUUGGACUCACAGGUGUAUUGGCUUACUUGUAUGGCAUCAAAGCAGUAUUUAUGGUAAUCCUCAACGUCUCAUCUUUCAAAAUACAUAGUCAUCUUAAUUUACAGCAUUUCCCUCACAAACAUAACAUUUGCAAAAGUUGCCCAAUUAGCGGGAGGGAUGGGGGCUACUUCUUGUCGCAUGCUCAGAAUGGCUGUCAGUCAAAACCCAUACAGCGCUGUGAAGCGCAGAGCCUGUGCUCUGAUGUAAUUUAUAGCAUCUUACUGUACAGCCACUGGGUUCCAAUGUAGACGCUUAUCAGUGCCGAAAUAUGCUAUGUUUAACCCGUAUAUGGGUAUGAUUGUAAAGGGCUUUAUACAGUGCCUUCAGAAAGUAUUCAUACCCCUUAAUUUAUGCCACAUUUUGUUGUUACAGCCUGAAUUCAAAAUUGAUUAAAAUGUUUUUCUCACCCAUCUACGCACAUAUCCCAUAAUGACAAAGUAAAAACAUGUUUUUAGAAAUUUUAGCAAAUUUAUUGAAAAUGAAAUACAGAAAUAUAUCAUUUACAUAAGUAUUCACACCCCUGAGUCAAUACAUUGUAGAUGCACCUUUGUGCUUGAGUCUUCUUUCUUGGUAAGACCUUUCCACACCUGGAUUGUGCAACAUUUGCCCAUUUAUUCUUUUCAAAAUUCUUUGGGCUCUGUCAAAUUGGUUGUUGAUCAUUGCUAGACAACCACUUUCAGGUCUUAGAUUUUCAACUAGAUUUAAGUCAAAACGGUAACUCAGCCACUCAGGAACAUGAACUAUCUUCUUGGUAAGCAACUCCAGUAUAGAUUUGGCCUUGUGUUUCAGGUUAUUGUCCUGCUGAAAAGUGAAUUAAUCUCCCAGUGUCUGGUGGAAAGCAGACUGAACCAGGUUUUCCUCUAAGAUUUUGCCUGUGCUCCAAUACGUUUAUUUUUAUCAUGAAAAACUCCCCAGUUGUUAACAAUUACAAGCAUAACAUGAUGCAGCCACCACUAUGCUUGAAAAUAUAGAGAGUGGUACUCUGUAAUGUGUUGUAUUGGAUUUGCCCCAAAAAGCCUACCAGACGAGCUAAAUUACUUCUAUGCGCGCUUCGAGGCAUGCAACACUGAAUCAUGCAUGAGAGCACCAGCUGUUCCGGACGACUGUGUGAUCAUGCUCUCCGUAGCCGAUGUGAGUAAGGCCUUUAAACAGGUCAACAUUUACAAGGCUGCAGGGCCAGAUGGAUUACCAGGAUGUGUACUCAGAGCAUGCGCUGAUCAAAUGGCAAGUGUCUUCACUGACAUUUUCAACCUGUCCUGACCGAGUGUGUAAUACAUACAUGUUUCAAACAGACCACCAUAGUCCCUGUGCCCAAGAACACCAAGGUAACCUGCCUAAAUUACUACCCACCCGUAGCACUCACGUCUGUAGCCAUGAAGUGCUUUGAAAGGCUGGUCAUGGCUCACAUCAACACCAUCAUCCCAGAAACCCUAGACCCACUCCAAUUCGCGUACCACCCCAACAGAUCGGCAGAUGACGCGAUCUCUAUUGCACUCCACACUGCCCUUUCCCACCUGGACAAAAGGAACACCUACGUGAGAAUGCUGUUCAUUGACUACAGCUCAGCAUUCAACACCAUAGUGCCCUCAAAGCUCAUCACUAAGCUAAGGACCCUAGGACUAAACACCUCCCUCUACAACUGGAUCCUGGGCUUCCUGACGAGCAGCCCCCAGUUGGUAAGGGUAGGCAACAACACCUCUGCCACGCUGAUCCUCAACACGGGGGCCCCUCAGGGGUGCGUACUUAGUCCCCUCCUUUACUCCCUGUUCACCCAUGACUGUGUGGCCAAGCACAACUCCAACACCAUCAUUAAGUUUGCCGACGACACAACAGUGGUAGGCUUGAUCACCGACAACGAUGAGACAGCCUAUAGGGAGGAGGUCAGAGACCUGGCAGUGUGGUGCCAGGACAACAUCCUCUCCCUCAACGUGAUCAAGACAAAUGAGAUGAUCGUGGACUACAGGAAAAAGAGGGCCGAGCACUUCAAGUUCCUUGGUGUCCACAUCACCAACAAACUAUCAUGGUCCAAGCACACCAAGACAGUUUAGAAGAGGGCACAACAACGCCUAUUCCCCCUCAGGAGAUUGAAAAGAUUUGGCAUGGGUUCUCAGAUCCUCAAAGUUAUACAGCUGCACCAUUCGAGAGCAUCCUGACUGGUUGCAUCACCGCCUGGUAUGGCAACUGCUCGGCCUCCGACUGCAAGGGCUAAAGAGGGUAGUGCGUACUGCCCAGUACAUCACUGGGGCCAAGCUUCCUGCCAUCCAGGACCUCUAUACCAGGCGAUGUCAGAGGAAGGCCCUAAACAUUGCCAAAGACUCCAGCCACCCUAGUCAUAGACUGUUCUCUCUGCUAACGCACGGCAAGUGGUACCUGAGUGCCAAGUCUAGGUCCAAAAGGCUUCUUAACAGCUUAUACCCCCAAGCCAUAAGACUUCUGAACAGCUAAUCAAAUGGCUACCCGGACUCUUUGCAAUAACCCCCCCCCCCCCCCCCCUCCUUUUUACGCUGCUGCUACUCUGUCUAUUAGCUAUGCAUAGUCACUUUACCCCUAUCUUCAUGUACAUAUUACCUUGACUAACCUGUACCCCCGCACAUUGACUCGGUACCGGUACCCCCUGUAUAUAGCCUCGUUAUUUUAUUGUUAUUCUUUUAUUUUUUUUACUUUAGUUUAUUUAGUAAACAUUUUCUCAACUCUUAUUUUUCUCAAAACUGCAUGGUUGGGUAAGGGCUUGUAAGUAAGCGCAUGUGACAAAUCAAAUUUAAUUUGAACAAGUUAUCAGGACAAAAAGUGAAUUGCUUUGCCACAUUUUGUGCUGUAUUUAGUACCUUGUUGCAAACAGUAUGCAUGAUUUUGAAUAUUUUUGUUCUAUACAAGCUUCCUUCUUUUCACUCUGUCAAUUAGGUUAAUAUUUUGGAGUACUACAAUGUUGUUGAUCCAUCCUUUGUUUUCACCUAUUACAGCCGUUAAACUCUGUAACUAAAGUCACCAUUGGCCUCAUGGUGAAAUCCCAGAGCGGUUUCGUUCCUCUCCGGCAACUGAGUUAGUAAGGACGCCUGUAACUUUGUAGUGACUGGGUGUAUUGAUACACCAUGCAGUGUAAUUAAUAACUUCACCAUGCUCAAAUGGAUAUUCAAUAUCUUUUUUUUUUUUUUUUUACCCCAUCUACCAAUAGGUGGCCUUCUUGGUUGAAAAUGUGUUUGAAAAUCAUUGCUCGACUGAGGGACCUUACAGAUAAUUGUAUGUGUGGGGUACAGAGAUGAGGUAGUCAUGCAACUUAUUAUGUGACUUGUUAAGCAAAAAAAUUUUCUCCACUUAUUUAGGCUUGUCCUACCUACCUACAGGUUAUGGAACAUUUGCUCUUUUAGUAUUUGUCCAGUAGGUUUUACAGUCAUGUCUGCAAAAACACUACAGUAAAUACUACAGUAUACUACAGUAAAGUCUGCAAAAACACUACAGUGAAUACUAUAGUAUAUCAAUAUAGUCAUACUAGAGUAUUUAUACUCUAGUACACUAUAGUAUUUUUUCAUGUGGGACAUCCAAGAGAAGUUGGGCUAGACAAUGACCUUUCCCAUUGCAGAUGUGAGGCGUUUUUCCUCUUCUUGCAGUUCCCUUUCCUAACUCUCUGGCAGAAAUAGAAGCCGGUGACAGAAUUCAGUAGUUGCAGACAGACAGCAGAUUGUCCGCACUGUGCUUUCAGAAGUCUGAUUGAUUUGCACUGUAGUGUAGAUACACUACAGUGCAAAUCAAUCAGACUUCUGAAAGCACAGUGCGGACAAUCUGCAAGGAUGGAGGGAGUUGUAUGAUUGCAUUGAAGAUGUCAACCAUGGUAUAGACAGUACAAGCUGUGUGGUGGUUUGAACAUCUGGUGAAUUUUCAUAAUCUUUCACUUCAGUUUAGUUAAGAAUAUUAAAUAAUAUAGUUCCCAGCAUGAAUUUAAUAAAGUACUGCUGACUGGUAAGCAACAUUUACCCCUAAAGUAAACCGUAAUUUUAGAAGAAAUUGUGAAUUGUGCAAGGGUGCCAAUAUAUUUGACCGCGUCUGUAGAUUUAGACAUUUGUUAAAAGUUUUAAUAUGUAUGUUUUAAUGUGGUGUUUUCAAUAACAAAAUAGUGUGUGUAGGCAUACGUGCGUACCUGUUAGAAAAAGCGUGGCCGAAGUCUAUUGUGGACUUUUGUUCAUACGCCUGUGUGUGCUCCUUCUAAACGCCCCCCAUGGCUUUGUUCCAUCAGGAGGAGAGUUCCUAUAUCAAUGGCAAGGCAACUCACAAGAUCACGGUGGUGCCCACGGGAAACCUGACCAUCACCUGCAUCGCGACCAACAAGCUGGGAGAUGACUUCAUGGCCAUCAACGUCUCCUCCUGUGAGUGCACCUGUGGCGACUGCAGCUAACAAGUGCCAAAAGCUAACCUAGAGUAGCCUACCUACACUAACUCCUGGUCACUUCUCUCUAAUUGCUUCUCUCUAACACUAAAUCAUUGCCCUCUUCCCUCUUACAUUGCUAACUUACAGUAGCCUACACCACAUCCUUCCCACUUGACUAGUGCUAGCCUACAGAUGAAUGAACAUAUCAACUUUCCCAGUAGCUACUUCUCUUUCAAAAGAGUAUAAUACAUCAGUUAAUGAAAUGUCUGUAUACAGUUCAUGGUUCUUAUUGAUAUGCUUUAUUAUUUUGACUUUAUCCGUAAUGAAGGCUAUAAAGGGACAUGCUGGAGUAAUAAUAAAAUAACAGAUUUUCUAUAGUAAUACAAAUCCUUUGUAAACAGGGCUUUAUGGGGCCCUAUUAUGUAUGAUAUUUGGGGAUGGUAUGCGGAAAGUCACUUACAGACUUUCCACUUACCUUGGUUGUCAGUUUUUGUAGAUGCAUUAGCCUAUACAGUAGGUAAAUAAGUAAAAACAAAUCAACAACCGCCAAGGAAAGUGAAGGAUCAUUAAUAAUAUUUUUAUGAACUGCUCUUUAAACAUAGAUGAUUAGAUUCAUGUCACCAUGGUAGGUAUGCUGAAGGCUAAUGCUGGACUUUACAGAUUAUUUUAAUCCACUGGACAUUGUGCCAUUGGCAGUUCCUUUCUCUCUCUUUCCCUCACUGUCUCUCUCUCUCUCUCUGCUCUGCAUCGGUUUGGUUUGGUUGGGUUUGUCUUUGUCGAGCAUAGAGUAUGACUGAGGCCUCUAGUGGCAAAAGGCAGUUUUAGCAUAGUCAAAGUAGUCAACUGGGUGAGGAUUCCUAUGGGUUGUAACCUCAAUGGCGCUGCCCAUGCUGUCACAGAUGUUUAAAUGGCACAUACUGUCUAUAAAGAUGAGUCCUCUAUCUAUCUCUAUGGUGUCAAGGUGCUAGACUGUCCCCCCUCAUCUCUUCCUCUCGGGGUCAAGAUGCAUUACAUUUCCUUCUCACUACUUCUGACAAAAUGGAGUAUUGUUGCUACAGUAUUCAAAGCAAAAUAAAAGUGCCUAAUUUUCACUUGCUUGCUCGCUGAAUCUACACGCUUCUCUCUGGCUGAUAUUUGGAAUGGUUAGGGUUUGUUAGACUUUUUUCAUCGCAAUUUCAGCUCUUACAGUUUUUCUGCUUUUGAACUCAUGGAAACAGUACACAGUUUAAUUUCUAUAUGUAAUUAAUAAUGUAUAGUAUUCAUUGGAAGUUAAUUUCAUUUUAAAUGUGAUUUCAGUAAUUAAGGAGGAAAGAAUGCCAGGAAAAGGUAAGAUGUCGUUAUUUGGUUCCUUUGACUUUCUAGUGACUUGAAAAUGGCUGGACAACUAAUAAAAUAAUAAAUAAUUAUAAUAGAUACCAUUUAGCAGACACUUUUAUCCAAAGUGCAUACAUACAUUUUACAAAUGGGUGGCCCUGGGAAUCAAACCCACAAUCCUGCCGUUGCAAGUCCAAUGUUCUACAGACUGAGCCAACUACCAGGGUUGGUGUGAAUUAUAUACUUUUUUUCCUUUUAAAGCAGAUCAUUUUCUAUGAGUAUUACUUCAUUUGAAGUUAAGUUGACCCUGUUGACUAUUGUGUAGAGGUGAAAGCAUCUGGUAUUGGAUUACACUGUAUCUGCUGAUACCUAAACUCCUGAGAGCCUUGGUUGGCUUUGUUGACGCUCUUGGGGAUUGAACAGCCUGGCAUGACAAACCCUUCUCAAAUGUCAUCCCCAAAAACAACCAAACUAACAGCAGUAGUGCUCAUUCAAACAUGGCUCACACAUCCUCAUUUAGUUUUGCUUGCCCACUCAUACAGUACUAUUCAUCUUUGUGUGUGUGUGUGUGAGAUAAAGACAGAGAGUAGACAGUGUUUUUGGUGGUGCAGUAUUUGACAUGUUGUUUUGUUUGUAGGGGCACAGGAUGAUAGUUCGGACCAGGCUCUACUGAUUGUGUUCAUUGUUGUUGGGCUCCUCGUAACCGCCGCUGUUGUGGGGCUGGCCUAUUGGCUCUACAUUAAGAAAUCAAGGUACACACUCACACACACGUAUCAUUAUAUUUUAGUUGUAUAGUAAGAUCAUAUUCCUGCCCAAAACAAAAAAGAACAGAUUUGCAUAUGCACUUAUCUUUUACAAACCUAAACAUUGAGGGAUGUAAAUGUUGAGGACAUAAUGAAAAGGUAUACUAAAGAUUGAGAAAGUAUAAGACAUUGAAGUAAAUGCAAACUUUGCACCUGGUGCAUAGGCUUGGUAAGUCUAGGCCAAAGUGUAAUGAAGUAUAUUACAAUGAAGGAAGAAUUACAUAAAAAUAGGAGUUUUAAGUAAAGUGAAUCUCUUCUUCAGACAAGGGACCUGGAAAACAGGAGAGAAGGAAGCCGGAACGUCCGAAGAGAGCAAGAAACUGGAGGAGUACAACGCUAAGGUGUAGAGACAGCCUGGCUGUACUCGAGGGACGAAGAAGGUAUGGACUGCAUCACAUUGACAAUUCACUGAAUUGAUAAUUUUUGUAAUAUAAUUUGACAUUUACCUUGCCUUGAUGGUGGCGAGACGACAAGUUUUUAAAUAAUAAUAAUAAUAAUAAUAUGCCAUUUAGCAGACGCUUUUAUCCAAAGCGACUUACAGUCGUGCGUGCAUACAUUUUUGUGUAUGGGUGGUCCCGGGGAUCGAACCCACUACCUUGGCGUUACAAGCGCCGUGCUCUACCAGCUGAGCUACAGAGGACUGUUGAUCUUAUUUUUAUAGGACUCAAACAGACAGUUUGAUGCUUGAUUAUUUUCUCAUAUAAAAUGGUGAAAAGUCCUGUUAAUAAUGAGUGUAUUGAUUUCUAUUUUCAGGAAAUAAGUAGUUGAGAGAGGCCUUGACCUAUUGGAUGACACCGAAACGAAGACAUUUGAUUGGCUUCCAAAUGAGCAGCAUGUAUUGCAGAAUACUUUCUAAUUCAGAUUAACAGUCCCACCCACCGACCCACAGUCUCCGAGGGAAAAAAGCAAAACAUUUUGUGUUGUGCAUUGAUUUUCAGUCUGCUUCUCAUUGUCUUUUUGUGUUCCUGGUGAAUGCUCAAUUGUCUGGCGCGCAGUGAUGGUGUGGUGGGCCUUCUCUUUUUUUCCAAUUUUCAUUUAGUAAAAUAAUGUCAAAUUCACUGUACACUUUUUAGGGGAGCUAGCUGCUCAACACUGGACUACUGGUUGUGAGUGAGAGAAGAGACUUCACUGCUGUUACCCCUCUGUUCCUCGAGGUUACAUUUCAAAUCUUUGCAUUUGAUUCUUUUGAAGCUGUACCUUUUUUUGUUACUCCCGUAAAUGUUCUUUGUUAUCCCUCUGGGGGAAAUUGGCAAAUUGAAAUGUUCGGAAAUGUUGUAUUUUCCAUUUGGUGUGGCUGCCAAUUGCAAGUCUCACCAAUGAAAUUAAUAGGGGUUACACUUUCUGUUGUGCUGGACGAUCAGGAAUUGUCUGAAUCACAAAUACGAGUUUUAUUUUAGUGCAACUUGUCUUAGCGUAAGGCAUUGAGUCUCACUUACUAGCUACAAACUAAAUAAGAUGAGGAAAAUGCCUCAUCUCAAUUUAUAAGAUACAGAAUAACAUUAUUAUUAUUAUUUAUAUAUAUA